AUGGCUAAUGAAGAAGAGCUACAGACGGCGGAAUCAGCAUUCGUGACCGGCGCGCGCAGAUACUCAAAUGAUUACAGCGAGUCGGAGUCCAGCUCGAAGCACAGCGGUUGCAGCACGCCGGUGGAGGGGACACCCGCCGAGGCGGCUACGACAAUAGGUGCCAGGGCAAGCGGAGGAAGUACAACGUGGCAGCGGUUGCGACAGUUGCUGAUGGAACGUGGCAGCGACGUGCAUCUGCCGGUGACGGAGAUCCAUCUGAAGUCACAGGAGUGGUUCGGGGACUUCAUUACAAAGCACGAGGUACCGCGCAAGGUCUUCCACUCGUCGAUCGGGUUUUUCACCCUGGCUCUCUAUGUGCGUGAUGUGGACUACCGCAAUGUGAGAUUGCCGUUGAUUGUGGGGUUUGUCCAUGUGCUUCUGCUCGACGUCAUCCGGCUGCACUGGCCGGCGUUCAACACACUAUACUGCCAAGUAACAGGCCUUCUGAUGCGUAAAAAAGAGGUACACACAUACAACGGCGUCCUCUGGUACUUAUUAGGCCUGAUCUUUGCAUUCAGCUUCUUCUCGAAAGACGUUGCGCUGGUGUCGCUGUUCCUGCUCAGCUGGUGCGACACUGCUGCGUCCACGGUUGGCCGCCUGUACGGACACUUGACACCUAGGAUCUCGAGGAACAAGUCGCUGGCAGGGUCGCUGGCCGCAUUUGUGGUUGGAGUUAUCUCAUGUGCUGUGUUUUAUGGUUACUUUGUGCCUGCAUACAGUCAUGUUAACCAUCCCGGUGAAAUAAUGUGGAAUCCUGAGACGAGCAGACUGUCUCUGGUUCAGUUAUCGCUUCUAGGGGGCUUCGUCGCAUCCCUAAGCGAAGGAAUUGACCUCUUCAAUUGGGACGACAACUUCACUAUUCCCGUGUUGUCGGCUAUAUUCAUGCAUACCAUCAUUGCCUUCUCCCAGAGGUAA